AUGCCGAACCACCCGUCGGGAGACUCCGGUUCGCCAAACCUGAACCCANUGAAGACAACAUCGGGUGUAGUGAGGGGUCAGACGAUAGAUGUGUUGAACGUAAGUAUUGACCAGUUUUUGGGUAUACCUUAUGCCGAACCACCCGUCGGGAGACUCCGGUUCGCCAAACCUGAACCCAUCAAAACACCCAAACCGGAUAUUAUCGAUGCGACAAAACCCAAGUAUUCUUGCACUCAAAAUCCUAACCCAAUGUUCCCAAAUCUAACUCAAAGUGAAGACUGUUUGGUAUUAAACAUAUGGACACCAAAUGCGGGCAAUAAUAACACAAACAAAUCACAGCUCAAACCCAUUAUGUUUAACAUACACGGAGGGGGUCUGAGUGUUGGCUCAUCAUUUAUUUUCCCGGGAGGUAAUGGCAGUAUUUUGACCACACAUGAUGUGGUGUACGCCUCGAUAAACUACAGGUUAGGACAGUUGGGCUUUCUAUACGGGGAUCGGGAGGACGCGCCCGGAAAUGUCGGCUUUUAUGACCAGUUAUUGGCUCUCAAAUGGUUUAUCGAGGCGUACACCACAUCAUGUGUGGUCAAAAUACUGCCAUUACCUCCCGGAAAUGUCGGCUUUUAUGACCAGUUAUUGGCUCUCAAAUGGGUUAGAGAAAAUGCUGAACAGUUUGGCGGAGAUAGGGAUCAGAUCACUAUAUUAGGCGGCAGUGCCGGGAGUUGGUCGGUGUCCGCACACAUACUCUCCCCGCUAUCCAAAGGCCUAUUCAAGAGAGCUAUUAUGGAGAGCGGCGCCCAUAUGUAUAACAAGGACAGGGAUAUUGUUAGUAAAAACGAGUCAAUACUUUUAGGCAAACGGAUAGCAAAAGAGCAGAAUUGCAGCGAAAGUGAGGAUUGGUUGCAAUGUUUGCGAGGAUUGGACGCAAAAGUAUUCAACAAAUACACGAUUCUCUUAACAUAUCCCGUAUUGGGCACUGAAUUCCUACCUAUUUCUGCUCAAAAGGCAUUUGCGGACAAACAAUAUAACUCAGAUGUGGACAUAAUCGCCGGCAUCGCUACCAAUGAGGGCUCAAUGUUAUCGCAAUCAACACUUCCGCCGAAAGACAAUAUAACUGUUGAUGACUUCAUUGAGUCCACAAAAACAGCGGACAGUGUUUACCACGGAUUGGAUGUGAAACGUGUGGACGACUAUUAUCUACAAAAUGUCGACAAAAACAGUUCACUUGAGCUCAAGAAAGCGUUUUAUGAAUUGUUUGGCGAUUUAAUGAUGAAAUGUCCGACAUAUCUGUUUGCCAAACAAGUGGCCGCCAAUGCUAAACAAGGUCGUAAUGUAUAUUUCUACCAGGUCACUUACCAGGACAAAUAUACUGCCCACCAAUUGGGUUGUGAUCGGGAAGGGAUGGGUAUAUGUCAUUGCGCUGAGAGUACGUUCACAUCCGGACAACCAUACCUCACACCCGGUCUCUAUACCCUCUUAGACGCCGAGUUUAGCGCAGAUGCCAUGAAAAUGUGGACUAAUUUUGUUAAAUAUGGCGCUGGUAUUGAUGUAAAGACAACAUCGGGUGUAGUGAGGGGUCAGACGAUAGAUGUGUUGAACGUAAGUAUUGACCAGUUUUUGGGUAUACCUUAUGCCGAACCACCCGUCGGGAGACUCCGGUUCGCCAAACCUGAACCCAUCAAAACACCCAAUAAGGGUAUUAUUGAUGCGACAAAACCCAAGUACUCUUGCAUUCAAAAUGCUUACCCACUGUUUCCAAAUCUAACCCAAAGUGAAGACUGUUUGGUACUAAACAUAUGGACACCAAAUGCGGGAAAUAAUAACACAAACAAAUCACAGCUCAAANACAUUUAG